AUGAAGAAUAUGUCUCUCAUGCAGCAGCAGCAGUAUCAGCAGCAGCAGCAGCAGCAGCAGCAGCAGCAGCAGCAGACCUCUAUGAAGAAUAUGUCUCUCAUGGAGGUGCUUGAGGCCGAGCAGCAGCAGCAGCAGCAGAAGCAGCAGCAGCAGCAGCAGCAGCAGAAGCAGCAGCAGCAGCAGCAGACCUCUAUGAAGAAUAUGUCUCUCAUGGAGGUGUUUGAGGCCCAGCAGCAGCAGUAA